GAGGUAAAAAAAAACAACCCAAGAAGCCGAACGCGAGAGGGAGUGAGCGAGAGACCAGAGAGCGGAGACACUGACUUCAUUCACCUCUCUCCAAAGUGAGGUGCGGAGGCGCACGGAAUAUAACGGAUCCGGGACUGUUAAUAGCUCGGGAGGAGAUUUACAAUCAUAUAUAUAACACACACACACACACGUACACACACACACACACACACACGUACACACAAGAGCCGAAAGAAAACAGCCGAUCGGAGAAGAAGUGGGAAAAAAAAGGGGUGGAAAUCAAAGGUGAUCAGUAAACAUGAAGCGGAUCUCUGCGCUCUGGACGGUGUCGCUUUGGCUUUUGAAACUUGUCUCAGGAGAGAACGAGGAACCAUGCGGGGAGCAUUUAAAUGCCAAAGAGGCCGGUUACAUCACGUCGCCCGGAUACCCGCAGGAUUACAGCCCACACCAGCGGUGCGAGUGGGUCAUCUACGCUCCCGAGCCCAACCAGAGGAUCUUAUUGAACUUCAACCCGCACUUUGAGCUAGAAAAAUAUGACUGCAGGUAUGACUUCAUUGAAAUCCGGGACGGAGAAAGGACGAGCGCAGACCUGCUGGGCAAACACUGCGGCAACAUUGCCCCAUCUUCCAUCAUCUCCUCGGGCCCCAUGCUUUACAUCAAGUUUGUGUCUGACUACGCUCACCAGGGGGCGGGCUUCUCCCUGCGGUAUGAGAUUUUCCGCACAGGGUCUGAAGAUUGCUCCAUGAACUUCACUGGCUCAUUUGGUACCAUCAAGUCGCCAGGGUUUCCUGACAAAUACCCUCACAAUCUGGACUGCACCUACAUCAUUAUGGCACCGCCAAGGUCAGAGGUGACCCUCAAGAUCCUGACCUUUGACCUGGAGUAUGACCCACUACAGAUAGGACCAACAGACUGCAGAUAUGACCGUCUGGAGGUCUGGGAUGGCCUCCCUCAGGUUGGCCCUCUGAUUGGACGAUAUUGUGGCGUGACGAUCUUGCCUGUCAUCCGCUCCGGCACGGGAAUCCUGUCGCUCAUUUUCCACACGGACAUGGCGGUCGCUAAAGAUGGCUUCUCUGCCCAGUACAACAUCGCACAGAAAGAAGCAACAGAGUCCUAUCAGUGCAAUGCUCCACUGGGAAUGGAGUCCCGGGAGAUCAGCAAUAUGCAGAUCACUGCCUCAUCCUCGUAUACCCUGGGAAACUGGGAACCACACCAGGCACGGCUUAACUAUCCAACCAACGGCUGGACACCCAACGACGACAAUUCCAGGGAAUGGAUUCAGGUGGAUUUGGGAUUUUUGAAGACUCUGACCGGUAUUGCCACUCAGGGUGCCGUUUCAGUGGACACCGCUAAAAUAUACUACAUCAAAACCUACAGGCUGGAAGUGAGCACCAACGGCGAGGACUGGAUGACCUAUCGACAAGGGAAGAAUCACAAGAUAUUUUCAGCCAACUCGGAUGGCAACGAGGUGGUCCUCAACACACUGACUCCCCCCGUUCUGGGUCGCUUUGUUCGGAUCAAGCCUCAGGAAUGGUACAAUGGAAUAUCAUUGAGAUUUGAAGUUUACGGCUGUCAAAUAACAGAAGGACCUUGCUCUGACACACUUGGAAUGCUCUCGGGCCUCAUCUCCGAUUCCCAGAUCACUGCCUCCUCCACAAGGGACUUCCACUGGACACCAGGCAGCGCCCGACUUGUUGCCAGCCGCUCGGGCUGGUAUCCCAGAACACCUAACCCUCCGCCUGGCACGGAGUGGCUCCAGGUGGAUUUGCUGAUUCCAAAGCGUGUCCGGGCGAUCAUUAUCCAGGGGGCACGGGGACUGUCCGUGGGUGAUGGUGGCACAGGAACAGAAAACAAGGCCUUUGUGCGGAGGUUUAAGUUGGCUCACAGCAUGAAUGGGAUGAACUGGACGUUCAUUAAGGAAUCUGGAGCAGUGAGGCACAAGCUGUUUGAAGGGAACAUGAACUAUGACACUCCAGAGAUCCGUAGGUUUGAUCCUGUGCCAGCCCGAUACGUCCGUGUUUACCCAGAGAGAUGGUCUCCUGCUGGAAUAGGAAUGCGUAUGGAGCUGCUGGGCUGCGAUUUCAUUGAGCCCACCACUUCUGCAGCAACUUUAUUGCCCACCAGGUCAAACGGAGAAAAUGUCACAGAAGCUCCUUGUGUUGAUGAGAAUGACCCAGCCUGCAUAGACCGCCCUGAUAUUCCUGACAUCAACUCCAGCAUCGAGGGUUUCAACUGCAGUUUCAGGGACGUGGGGGACAAUGAGCUUUGUGGGUGGUCCCAUGACCCAACAGUCGAGUCUAAAUGGCGAUCACACUCCGAGAGCCCUGGGAGCACAGGACAAGGCCAGGAACAUGUCACAGAUAAAUGGAAUUACUUGCACAUCGAAGGCAAUGACAGGGGCAAUGGAGAGCACGCCAGGCUGCUCAGCCCCAUCAUACCACCAAUGAACAGCCAUCGCUGCAUGGUCUUCUUGUAUCUCAUGGAAGGCCCCAAUGUUGGGAAUCUUCAGGUGCUGCUGAAGAAGAAAUCAGACGAUGUGAUGCUCUGGUCACUGAGGGGAAAUCAGGGGGAUAAGUGGAAGGAAGGAAAGAUCAUCCUUCCGGGAUACAGCAUUGACUAUCAGGUUAUCAUCGAAGGCAUCAUUGGAAGUGGUGUUAAUGGAGAAAUUGCGAUCGAUGACGUUGCCAUAGUAACACACCUAUCUCUGGACCAAUGCAUCCAACCCAUCUCUGCUUUUCCUGGCAUCGGCCCUCAAAAUCCACCACCAGGGUCACGCCCUGCAGGGAGCGAACCCACAGUGGAGUCUGUGUCAGUGCAGCCCAUCCCCACCUACUGGUAUUACAUAAUGGCGGGAGGAGGCGCUCUGGUAGUGCUGCUCUCCAUCUCUCUGGGCAUGGUUCUUUACCGCCAGCACUACCGCUACGCAGCCAAGAAGAGCGUUCACUCGGCUAAUUUCAAAAACGUCCACUUUCCUAACGGCUACGUCACCGGAGUCGAACCAGCUCUGACAAUAAAACUCGAAAAGGACGAUUACAGCUCAAACUGUUGAAAACCCCGUGGCUAGGAAAGACCGAACAGAAUAUAUAUAUAUAAAAACCUAUAUAUAUAUACAUAUAUAUAUGUACCUCCUUUUGCUGCCUCUUAAUUGCACUUCUCCACCACAGUCGCCAUUGGAAACCGCUCGUUUUUUACACAUAUAUAAAAAGCAAGAGUACUCAACACAGUAACUAUGGAUUACAUGACAAAAUGAAGAAAAAAAAGGGAGAUCACACGUAGCGUGUAUUUUUCUCCUCUUCUGAGAACAAGCUGAUUGCGCAAGACUUUCCUACCGGGUUGAAACCGGGCAACCUGGAAGAUGGAAGGGAGAGAAGAGGGAGUGAGGAGAAGAGUCCUUGGGAAACUUGUAAGGUUGAUGUACAUGACCAGUUUUUUUUUGCAGAUUCCCAGAGGGAUAAAACAACAGGUGUAGUUCAAAAGUACAUAUUUUUUUGAAGUAAAGAAAUCCCCACAUGGGCGCAUAUAAAUUAAACCAAUAAAUUUUGUGCGUCUAAAGGUCUUUCUCACCCCCCCCCCCGCCCCUGCCCAUAAGCCUUUCAGAUGCAUGGGUGACACCUAGAAUUUUAAUUUGAUUCCGGACAAGCAGAACUGCUGGCUUGUUUUAUUUUAGUGCACACUGCUUCUGCUGCACCUCUCUAAUCGUUGCUUACUCUAGUGUUAAAUUUGCUCAAGUCUUCACCUGCAGCAAAAGAUUGUUCAACCGCAAAGGGGCAUUGCCCUUGAAAGUUCCCUCCCCAUCCUACCCCACCCCCAAAGCACCCACCCAAAUGUUGUUAAACUCCUGAGUUAAAAAAUCAACAAUUUAAUGUCUUAAGAUCUUGCCUUAAUAAACUGUUAAUUUAUUUUAUUGACCUGAUCUCUCUAUGUUGCUGAGGCAACCACUUUUGGAAUUGAGUCUUAUGAGAGCUGGGAUGCAAGUCCUCAGCGUGUAUUUAGUGAGGUAUUUCAGUAACCUGAGUUUUUUACUUUUAAUUUUAUGUUCAACAAAAAAAAGUUGAUUUGUAAACUUUUUGUAAAAAAAAUUUAGUUGUCAUAUGAUUAACCAUUGUUUCUGAUUUAAUGUUAGCUCAAACAAGUAAGUUAGGCCAAAGUUAAAGUGUGUGUAUAGCUCUUUCAAAUGUACUGGUUGAGUGAUGUGUUGUUUCCUUUUCCUGGGAGAAUCUUAGAAAUGUUCUACUGUGACACACUGCUAAAGACAACAGUGAGCCUUUAACCAUCUUGAAUGUCAACAAAAAAAACCCACAUUUUUAUUUUACAGUUUUGUAAAGGGAAAAGGUGUACAUUUUCCAUCCCAUACUUUAUUUUUCUAAUUCCUACAUCUUGUCAACAAAAAAAAGUGGAAAUAAAAAUUGUGCACUACUCGAAACCAAAUGAAAACCAUGACACUUGUAGCUCGCCUCUAUUGGUAGAGAGGUUUCCAGUGAAAUUGCUCUAACCUUGUGGUGUUGUGGGCAGAGGCUGUACUCUCUGUAGAGCAGGGAGGACUGAUCUCUGGAAACCAAUGAGGCUCUCCUGUGACCACAUACAGGAUGUCCCUGCUGCUCUAAUGCAACAUGGAGCAAAAAAAAGGGCCACUCCAGUUCCCUCCCAUACAUUGCUGGCCCAAAACAUGUGAAUCCCUCCCUUUGGUCACCACCCCUACCCAACCUGAUCCAUUUCCUAGAGAAAGAUUCCUCAGGGAUUCUCUCUGCUCCCAAUAGUAAAUCAAGCCAAACACCAGAAUAAUGAACUUUACAUCCCACACGUUACCUGCUUGACCCGUUACCUUUCGUGAUGGGGCAUUUCCAUCUGGUACCAACUGGUUACGAGGCAUCCCGUUCCACAAGCUGGAUUUCUUUAAUUUCUUUCUCUGUCAAUAUUCUCCUUGUCUCGUCUACUGAAAACAUUAUUUGACCCCAUUUACCUUCUGUUGGGUUUUAUGGGUGCUCAUUGCCUUCUGGUACCUCAGUCAGGUUUCGGCAGACGAGUCAAGGGAAUAUUGACAGAGAGAAAAAUAAGCUCAUCAGCUCAUUCUGUGAGUCAGGACAGUGAGCAUCAAUUUCACUGUGGUUUGGGCAUCAUAGUUAAGUAGGGUCCUUUUGUGCAUAGAGACACAAAAUACCGCCUUCUAUCAAAGGAUCUUUGGAUAGCGGUCAAGAGCAGAAACCUUGAGCUGAUCUCUUUCUUCCCUCCCACCAGCUCAGGAGAUAAUAACAGCACCUCAAAUAGCUGGCCCGGCUGGUUAGCUGAAGACUAGCUAACUCCUGUAAGGGUUAAAGAUGCACAAGUUAUCCCUAGACCAUUGGAGAGACCUCAGAACCAGAUCCAUUGUUUUUAUUCAGUUCAAUUCUUCCCCUUAUUGAGUUGAUCAUUGGUGAUUAAUACUAAUUACAUUUCACCUGAGCGAAAGAUCCAGGCUACCAAACCAUUUUAUUAAAACAGACAGGCAUAUUCCAACACUUAGCUUCUAGGUGGGGCUGUACAUCAGAUCACUGCCUUUAACCUCUGAGACCUGCCUAACAAUCUAGCCCAUACUUUUCAUGCAAGUGUCUCCUUUCUGCUGGCUGUCUUGAUAUUAUGAACUUAAUUUGUUAUUCAUUUGCCUGCAAAAUACAUAGUGACGACACUUUAAAGUAUAUC